AGUUACGAGAGAUCUCGCGAUAUCUUCUCAUAGCAACUGGAACGUUUACCCUGGAUACCAGAGCCUUGGCGUGCUGGUUGCAGUUAGAUUUCCAUUCCUAUGCAGUCUCUCGAUGGAAACCAGCUCGGGUGCCGUGGCCAGUCCCUGUGGAACCUGGUGGCUGAACAUGUUCCUGGGUCAGAGUUGCCAAAGAUCCAAGCAGCUCUGGGCCACUCCCUGGUUGACAUGUACACAGAGGUGUACACUGAGAUGGAGAUGUGGCACAAAAUGUGGCAAGAGAGCCAGCAAGGAAACAAUCGCAGCAGGACAGGGACCCCACUCUCACAUCAGCUGGCCUCCCCUCUAGCCGACCCCCCUGCAGUCAAAGAACUGGUGAGAGCCGAGGUGAAGAUGUUACUGCAGACUCUCAACGAGAGAGCCCGCAGGCAGGGGAGAGAUGGCAAGGAGCUCUUGUUUGGGUACAAACCUGAGACGGUGGACUACGCCCUGAGUCACCUUGACAGCUGUUACAGACACUGUACAAACCCUGAAAAUACUGACAACAUAAGCAGACCGAGCUCUCACCGCUUGGUCCAGUCUAAUGCAGAAUAUGAAAUUGAAGCAAUGAAAGACAAGUUGAAUGUUAUUGACAUUGACCAGGUGGUGGACAGCCUCAGGUCUGUCCUAAUGGAGGAAUGUAAAGCAUUGAACAGGCUGGUAAAGCAUUUCAAGGAAAAUAUAAAACACAAGUGUCGGAAUCAAUGGGAAUUUGAUCAAUCCGAACCUACACUUGCAGAUUUGAAAGAGCUAAGAGGAGCUAUACAAAUGGACUUGGAUCUUUACCCUUCUUCGCUUGCAGCUUUACCUUCAGUUUCCUCCCCUCGCCCUUCGAAGAAAUUGAAAAACCGACUGUCAGCAGGACAAAGGGCUUCUGAUGAAACUCUGCGAUCUUUAAGCGCUCCAUCAGCCCUAAGACCACAUCCACCUCCCCCUCUUUGCCAUACUAAACCCAGGCCACCGCUAGGGGGGCCUCCUAACAAGUCAUCAUCAACGUUUAAACUCGUUAACAGUCCAUCAUUGUCUAGGACUCAUGGAGAACAUAGAAGCACAUUAGCCUCCACUGGAGCUAGGAAAACACAAACACCUAACUGUAGCCGGAUCGUCCCUUCUCGGCAUGCAAACCGUCACUUCACCACUUUACUGCCAGAGCCUGGCAGUGACCAGAUGUUGGUUAAAACCACACACCACGGCAAUCUUUCCUCAGAGCAAGACAGUGGUGGUCUCCACUCUAUGCGACUGACUUCUAGUCCAAGUUUUCAAAUAAAAACUCCAAGAAACUCAUGCAUCCAUGAAACCCAUCUGUCAUCCGAUCACAGUGUUCACAUCCUGAGCACAAAGUGUGAUAUGUCACCACAAAUGACAAGAAAUGGCAGCCCCGCCUUUAGGUCAAGAAACAUCAAUACUAACCCCUCAAUCCCUAACUUGGAUGCAGGCAGUUACAGCAGCAACGCUGACCAUCCUCUGUCAUCAACUGGGAAAUCAAAGACACAAAAUGAGCGACAGAAUAGUGCUUGUGGAGGUAGAUUAGUCUCAACAACAGUGCAGACAUAUAAUGACAGAAGGAAGAGUACUUCUGGGAGGUUUCAGUCUGAAACUGGGAGCUCCUCUGCACAUACUGGCAGUAGGAACAGCAACAAUGGAAUGGAUAGAAAUACAAAUGGUCAUCUUGGUAAAGACGUCGUCCAACCGCAAAGCCUAGUAGCCACAUGCACCCAUCCAGUGUCAAAACGGAUAAAUGGACAAUUCUUUACUUCCCACAAAAGCCCACUCGAGGGCACCACAAGUCAGCAAGUCAGCAAGUUUAACCAGCCGGUCCCUCCUGCAGGGGUGUCAACUUGAAGUCAGCCACAGACCAGAGCAGAAAGAUAGUCUGGUAGUUAGAGCCACUGACCUGUUGUACUACGGAAAAAAAGUGAGGAAAAAUAAACACAGUAUGUUACAAGAAGACUUCAA